AUGGCAGGCCCCAGUGACAAGGCGCGCUUCUAUCUGGAACAGGGCGCGACGGAGCUCAACGAGCUUGAGCGCAAGAAAAUCUUCACCAGGGAAGAGAUCAAGUCGAUAGCCAAGAAGCGCUCAGACUUCGAGCACAUCAUCAACGCCAGAGGCGCGCACCCCACUGACUACAUGCGCUACAUUGAAUUCGAGAAGAACAUCGACGCGCUCCGCCAGAAACGAAUCAAGCGACUCGGCAUACGGCACAAGGGCGCCGGACAGCGAAGCAUCUACUUCCUCUACAACCGCGCCACCAAGAAGUUCUCGGGCGACCUGACGCUAUGGCUGCACUACAUCGACUUUGCGCGCAAGGACAAGGCCUACAGGCGCCUCAGCGACAUCUUCACCUCCGUCGUCCGCCUGCACCCCACCAAGCCCGAGCUCUGGACCCUUGCCGCAAACUACUUCAUCGACUCCCAGGCGGACAUCACCAACGCGAGGAGCUACAUGCAGCGAGGCCUGAGGUUCUGCAAGAACUCGGAGCACAUGUGGCUGGACUACGCCAAGCUGGAGACCAUUUACGUGGGCAAGAUUGCAGGUCGAAGGAAGAUCCUGGGUCUGGACGUCGACCGCACGAAGAAGCAGCAGACUGGCGGCGGCGACGACACCGACACCGACAUGAUUGCGCUGCCUGACGUCACGGCAGAAGACAUCAACCCGAGUUUGAAGCAGGACGACGGCGUCGACGAGCUGGCUCUACAGAAUCUGGCCUCGGCGCCAGUCCUGACAGGUGCGAUCCCUCUGGCCAUCUUCGACUCGGCCAUGAAGCAAUUCCAGAACAGGCCCAAGGUCGUGCAAAAGUUCUUCGACAUGUUUGCCGAGUUCGAUCAAUUGGCAUGCAUCCCGCGCAUUCUGCAGCAUGUGCUGGGUUACCUGCAGCAGACCCACCCUCAGGCCGUGGAAAACGCAAUCUGCACGUUCCGCAUGCAGCUCUUCGGCCAGUACCCUGGUAGCCCAGAGUUCCCCGUCGUACUGGGCGAUGCGUUGGAUGGUGUUAGUUCGGCCAUCGACAAAUACCCAAGUGAAGCUUCCCGGCUGGCAGAGGUUGCUGUUCGCCAGCUUCUGACUAUCCAAACAUCAUCAGCGGACAUCGACCCCGCUCUGCAAAAGGCAAUCAGAUCGACUCUCCGCAAAUACGUGAAGGCGCUAGGAGGCACCGAUGGUGACAAGAUCGCAACUUUGGCCAGAACGCUGGUGCACGAAGGAAGGAGAGACGAUGCAAAGGCGUUGAUCGCACCGAGCAUAAAGGUCUGGGCUACGCACGAAGAAUUGCAGGAGCUGAGAGCAGCGUUGGAAACAUGA